UUUGUGAUCUUUGUAAUGGUUACAGAUGGCUUAUUUAAGAAUGUGGAGAAAACGUAAAGCAGACAUCAAUGAACUUCUCCAGUCUGACGAUAACAACGCGGUGACAAUUGACAACGCAGUGACGACAAAUGACAGAGAGGAAACAAUCAAUGAUGAUGGUGGAAGCAAUACUGAUGAACACAGCACCAGUGUUACCACUGAUGGUUCAGACUUUGACACAGACACCGGAAUGUGUGACUCUGAUGUGGAGAUUUUGAAUCCCGAACCAGAGGUCGAAGUUAGAAACCUAGGCGAUGACUUGCAAGAGUGGAGUACAAGACACCAAAUUA